AGACGCGUUGGACUCGUUGUCAAGGUCGUUGUACAUUGUAAAUGUAAAGCUACAAUGGAAAUUAUACUGUGUAUGUUCGUUAUAGGUCUAGUGAUCAUAAUCAUCAUCACUGUCUGCAUAGGCUGCUACCAACGUCAUCACGGGUACGAGGCAGUACCAGACACAUGUCAUCAACCAGCAGGGAUACGUCAUCACCCGCCAUCAGCGCCAUCCUUAGGGACAUACCUGGCGUACCAACAAAACAACACUGGCCACCCCCAGGGACCAUACCGUCCGACAUGUACGGGGAUCUACCAACCAAUCACAGGGCAGAUUCAAAACCCCGUGGCUUACCAACCGCACACAAUGACAGCUCAUCGACCAGCGGGCUACACCCAGCCGUAUUCCAACUACAGUGUCGCUCCGCCACCACACCAUGCUGUAUCAAGUACAUACUAUCAUAACACUGACUAGUGCACAGAUACACAAUCAGUGUGUGGACAAAACCAUUUCAUGAACAGAGGGCUUUGGAAUCUAGAAUACGGUUUCCUGAAAAGUUGGCCAGUGUAGGAAGGGAAGUAACCCUUUGACGAUUCAAUGAAAAAUCAGAUUUUACGCCAGGUAAUUUACAGUCAGAUAGGCAUUAGAAGUUGACAGAACAUGAAUAGAGGAAACCUUUUAUAGCUGACAGAAGUUGUUAUUUUUUUCUAGAGUCGUGUAUUCACGUAAUUUAUCCCUUUUAAAUAGUGAGUGAGUGAGAUGGGUUUAACGCCGCUUUUAACAAUAUUCCAGUUAUAUCGCUGCGUGUCAGCUUAAUGUGGGAGGAAAGCCCCAAGCGAUGCA